AGCGCCGUGACUCCGGAAUACCCACACCACACCGAAGGCUGAAGGUGUGGGCCAGCUGCACCCAUAUGACGGACCUUUAAAACAUUCGCCACUGCUGGUUGACUCAGGAUGUAACUUGGCUAACCCGUCACCAACACCUAAAGAUGAACUGCAUGUGACCAAGGGGUUUUAGCCAGCACAGUGAAAGAGGCAUAGCUUCAGUAUGGGACUCUACUCCACCGUCUUCCUGCUUCUGGCCCAGCUGAACGGGGUCAUGACACAGGAAACGGCUCCAGAAAUAAAAAUGCCUGAUGUGCGUCGGAUGGAAUACAUUUCCAAUCAACAGGUCCGUUUGAUGUGUCAUGCCGAAGGUGUACCAGUCCCUAGGUACAAAUGGUACAAAGACGGGGCCUUAAUUGUCUCCGAUUCUAUCACACAAGUAGAUCCAGUCACUGGCAACUUGUCCAUACCAAGCUUCACAAUCAGGGAGGAGGGAUUAUACCAGUGCGGGGCGGAGAACACCGUUAGUCCAGGGGUGACUCCAUUAGCCGUAUCCCCCGCCAUUAACGUCAGAGAAGUUUCACUCGGUGCAAACUGGCCUGUGAUCCCUGUUGAAGACAUCAACAAAUUCGAAGGAGCAUACGCCAACCUGCUAUGUACAGACGCACCAGAAAGUGUCCCGAAAGCUCAAGUCGCCUGGUUUUUAGAAUCACCCAACGGGGCAAAGAACCAAGUGGAGGAAACCACCAGAAUCCACGUUGACGAUCAAGGAACGCUGCAUUUUAUCUACUUGGAGACAAGUGACCAGACGGGCGCCGAUCUGUACAAGUGUGCCAUCUAUAACAAUAUCCUAAACACUGUUCAGCUAGGCAGUCCAAAGAGUCUGACAGUUACUCCGGUUGCCAGUAAACCGCAGGUAAAACCUAUGGCCGAGUAUACAACUAACCCUACAAUAUUCUUACGGACCCAGACGGCAGAGCUGGAGUGUGUGUUCAGUGGAUAUCCUCUACCAACAAUCACGUGGCGCAAGGGGAGUAAUAUCAUCACAGCAAGUGAGAAAUAUCAGUUCGACAAGAACAACAGGAAACUGAAGGUAUUGAACCUGGUGGAGGAAGACGAGGGAUUUUACACCUGCUUCGGGCAGAACUCAGUCAGCACAGUCCAGAUUGCCAUCUUUCUCGAUGUCACGUCUGGUCCUAUUUGGGAACAGGCGUUAAGUUACCAGACUAUACCAACGGGCAGGGACGCUGUCUUCUACUGCAAGUCCCGGGCAGCUGACGGGGAGGAUCCCAUUGACACACCCAACUGGUACAUUAAUGGGGAUCCAAUUAACAUACUAAGUCCUCCAGGAAGCGGCAAGUUCCAGUUCGGUGAUAGUGGAAGAGUGUUAACGGUCAUAGGUCUGCAGAAACCGGACGAUACCCAGUGUUUCCAGUGUAACGUCAGCAACAAAAUAGACUAUGAAUUUGCAAAUGGUUGCCUCAACGUCAUCGAACCAAUCGUAAUAACUGAGCAUCCGCCGCCACUUCAAGAAAUCGUCAAGGGCGAUCGCGUUCAGCUGACAGUGAAAGCUACAACUGACCCGGGGAUGACCUUGAGAGAAAGAUGGCGCUUCAAGAAUCAAACCUAUGACAAUAAUGCGCCUCCUCAUGUGAUCUACAAUGAUGUCACAAAGGAAGCCUAUAUCGACACGUCAGGCCUCACUGAUGCGGAGUUUGAAGCGAUUAUUGGCGUGUACUACCGGGACCUGUAUCACCAAUACGAUAGCUACACAGUAACAAUUAGUGUGGCACUAAAGGGGAGAGGUGCAGACGUCUGUGAAGAACACUCACUGUAUCCGUGGAUAUAUUCAUUGUCUGCGGCAGUCGUUGUGCUCCUGUUCAUAGUGGUGUUUUUAAUUAUAAGAAGGCCCAUAUUCACCUGUCCGUCUCAACAACCAAGUGACGCCUACCUGACUCCAGUCGCCAUCAACAUGAGUCAUGUAGUAGGUGGUGGCGAAGCGGGAGGUAACGAUGGUCCUUACUAUACCACCAUACUCGAUGUGCCCGCGCCGAAGAAAUGUUAACGCCAAAUCUAUCUGCAGGUGAUGCCACCGUCUCACGUUGAUACCACCCCUUGAGAAAGGACUUACAAAUACUCGUAAUUUUCUCUUCGUGUUUUUAAAUCCAUGCUUAGGAUACGUUCAAAUAUUCACAUGUGACUGAUUGUGUUUUGUAUUGUAUGUUAUCUUAAUAACUUAGGAAAGUAAUUUAUACAAUGAAGCCUAAUUUCAUAGUCACAAGCGUCCUUGCGAAAUGGAGUUUACUUAUUAGUACACUUACAUAGUCACGUAGGUACGUGUGUGUACGUGUGUGCGUCCUCUGAGAUACCAUGCCGCAGUUUAAUACAAAUACAACAUUCAAACACAGUAUACUGACUCCGAGUCAACCAGUCUUUAUUAUCCCCUUAAUGCCGAGCGCUAGGGAGGGAAACAAAAAGUACCGUCUUUUAACGUUUUUUGGUAGACGGGGAUCGGUUCCCUGACAUUCGCCUCGCCGCGCAGACGCUCUAUCCACUACACCAUCGAGCCGGUUCAAGAUUAUUAGAGGCGUUAUAUAUAAUACCCCAGAGAUACAGUUGCGACAUUCCUUAUUCGUUGACAAGAUUUCUCUGUGAACAUUGCUCGAUUCUGUAGGAAUCAUUGUAUUACACCUAUAGAUCGUUAUGUGGUAAAAUUACUGUUUGUCUGCAUAUUUUUCUUUAUGUAUUUUCAAACAAUAAUUAUUGUAUAUAUAUAAAGAA